UCACAUCCGUUAGCGGCUGCAGAUGGACCUCAGUGUUCAGUAUCUGGCGUGUACAUGAACUACAGCAGGAGUAAUGGGACAAGACGCAGCAGUAAUGUUUUUGAGUUGCCACCGUAAAUAGAAUGAAUAUCAAUAGAAAAAAUGCAAUUUAAUUAAAAACAGUGUCAGUAACGUUCCACUGGCUCAGUUCAGCCUCGCUGCUGUGAUGGUGCACGGAGAUUACUCCACCGGAGGGAAAUCAAAAGACCAUCAGAUGCUUCCCUCCAAACACCUGAAGACUGUGGGGCAGAUGCCUUUUGAGAGAUAUGUCACCACUUACAGCAGAGACUAUAAAGCCUUCAGCCAGCGUCACACACAGCUCGACCAGCUGAAGCUCAGAACUGAAGCUCAAGCUGCUCCUGUGUUCAUCAGCCCACCUCAGACUCUUCAUGAAACCUGGUAUAUACUUCAUCAAUACUUUUACAAGACAACUAACAGCAUCUACGGCUCAAGUUUACAGCCUAACAGUUCCCUCUUCCCUGCCUCCUCGGGUCCAUGUGGCGUCCCUGCUGCUUCCAUGUCUGAGGCGUCUGGGGGAGUUGCAAGGGAGACUGGGCCUUUCCCUGGUGAGGAGAGAGGUCAGCUGCACAAUGCUUUUAGUGGAAAGGCUAAUGUGUUGGGGCAGCAGGAAGUGGAAGAAGAGCCACAGCAGAAGAUUGAUGUUGUCUACGAGGAAAAUGUUGAAAAUUGGGAUAACAUCGUGGGGGGCUUGGGACCGGCUACUGGACUGAGAAGCAGCACCUUCCUUCAGUUUACUUCCAUGCAGUGCAGUUGCUGUGCAUGGGAAACUGACUCCGCUAAUCAUUUUUGCCUCAUGAUGAAAACCUGCAUCCCUCGUAGCAGCACACUUCCUCCGGCCCACGUACAGCCGACGGUCUGCUGCACAGAGCCCAGCAGGGAGGUACCGUUGACAGAGUACCAAGCCAGGUACACUGCUGAGUGGGCCCAGCCUAAAAUGCAGCAGAGAGACAUUCACCAUCGUGAUUGACCUUCACAGUGAGUCUCAACUUUAUCUCAAUACACAGCAGAUUAGCACAAAAAAACAUUCUUUGUGUUUUGUGUCAAACAGUUUAAAGUGCUUCAUGUCAGCUGCUUCUUCAUCCAGUCACCAGUACUUUUCUGUUUGAAUGGUUUGCCACAUGUGAAAAAUACUUCCUACCCGAGGAAGAGGUCAAGGUGUCUCGCCUCAGGAUACAGAAGUUAAGGAUGAGUCAGAGCAGUAAACCCUCUGCUGGCAGGCGGGCACUUAAAGGAGACAUGUGCGUCUUCUCCUCCAGACAGUUUAAAUGUGCAGUAGUGGAAGAAGAACAACUA